AUGGGUAACCCGACCUGUGCUGCUACGACUUUGGUCCCCACAGCAAAAUCUACUUAUGUUAUUCUGUCGGAGGAGGUUGAGAAGGAAGUUGAACAUAAUGAAGUGGUUUUUUCAGAGUUAGGGCUUAUUGGGCGUUUCGUAGGCAGAUGGCUGAGUCUUGGUGAUUUACACAAAUGGAUCUCAGUUAAUUGCGAACCCUUGGUGGAGGAUUAUGUUCAGAUGUACCCACAUGCGCGUGGCUUUUUCGUUGUGGUUUUCCAAAGUGUGGCAGACAGAAAUAAAGUCCUUGGCAGUGGUCAUUGGAGUUGGGAGGACAAACACGUGUUGAUGUUGAAACCAUGGCAUCCAGCUUUCAACCCUAAAUCGGAGUCCUUCGAUCGGACUCCUCUUUGGAUCAGACUUCCAAACCUUCCAAUGCAGUAUUGGUUUGACUCAUGUUUUGAAGCUGUCGGGAACUCCUUAGGUACGUUUUUAAUGGCGGAUGAAGACUCUUUAAAUCUGUUGCACACUACUUUCGCUCGUCUGUUGGUUGUGGUGGAUGUUACCAUGGGCCUCCCUUUUGAAAUUUCUAUUACAUCUUCCAAAGGGAGUUGGCUUCAGUCUGUAGAUUAUGAAGGGAUUCCUUGCAGAUGUAAGCGAUGUUUUAAGACUGGGCAUACUGUUGAUUCUUGCACUAGGCUUAGGGUGAAGCGUUCAGCAUCUUGGUGGAAAGAGGUUACUCCAAAAUUUUAUAUGGUGGAUAAGUUACUGGAGAAUGCUCAAGCGGAUGGAUGGAUUGAGGUGAAACAGAAGAAAGGUAAGAAGGGUUUGGUUGGGAGUGUUUGUAUUGCCCCUCCACUGGAGGGUGGAGGUGUUCCUGGGGAGGUGGCUCCCUAA